GCUUUACACAAAAAAAAAAAUAGACGUAAUGGAGAGAGGAAACGAAGAGAACAACCACAAGACCUCCUCACCAUCGUCUACGCAACUUCUUCGCUGCCGUGAAAUCUCAACCGGAGAAAAGUGCGUCGAUGUCAAUAUCCCUCUGGAUCUAAAGGUGGAGAUACUCAAGAAACUACCGGCAAAGUCUCUCUUGAGGUUUCAAUGCGUCUCGAAGGAAUGGUUAUCAAUUAUCAGCAGCCGUAGAGACUUCAUUGACUCGAUCGUGACUCGUUCUUUGACUCAGUCGCCACCACGUGAUAUCAAACUCAUCUUCCACCACCAAGUAGAUACUGGACCUAAUUUCUUCAUCUUCUCGUCUACUUACCCUCAAAAUACAGACAAAGAAUCAUUAACAACUAGAGCCGGAUCGUAUCACUAUGUCCGUGGCUUGAUUUGUUGUUGGUUAGACUUUCCUACUACGGUAGACAUAUAUAACCCUACCACGAGGCAGUACUAUACCGUACCGGAUACGAACCGGUACCAAUACAUAGACACUUGCUUCUUUGGAUACGACCCUCUCGAAAAUCAAUACAAAGUAAUGGUCUUACCAAAGUACGAUAUGGAGGAGAAGCCUUGUCAAGUAUUUACAGUGGGAGAUCCCAUGGAGAAGCCCUGGAGAGACAUCCCAGGCAUUGGACUUCACUUUCCAUUAGAACAUGCGGUUUGCAUCAACGGGUUUAUCUAUUACCGAGCAAGUAAUAAACAUCGCGGUUCUACUUUUUUCUUGGUGAGUUUUGAUGUAAGGUCAGAGAAGUUUAAUCAUGUAAAGGCUCCGGAAAUACUGAUGGAUCACCCUUGCACUUUGAUAAACUAUCAAGGGAAGUUAGGAUUUAUGUGUUGCAAGAAGGGUGUGGAAAUUUGGGUUAUGGAGGAUGCGAAGAGGAAACAAGAAUGGUCCAAGAUUAUCUUUUAUAAGAUGGAGGGUUUAGAAAAAUGGCGUAUUGCGGGUGUCACUCAUGGUGGUGAGAUCGUUUUUAUCAAUGGGAUGUUAAAAACUUAUGAUAGAUUAUAUGUUUUCUAUUAUGAUCCAAAGCGAAAUAGUAUGAGAGACGUUGAAGUCGAAGGUACAAUGGUGAAGGAUAUAGAGGGUGAACGUAAACAUUAUCUUCGUGUAUGGGUUGUUCCGAAUCUUGUCGAGAAUACAAUGCGCUUGUAACUUCCUUUCACAAGGUAUACUUUCUCAUACUAAUUAAGCUGACCUUCCGUAUUAAUUAUGGUUAACUUGUCUUGAACGAAACAUAGGUUAGGCUAGUUAAAUUAUUUUCUUUUUGUAGUCACUAUUAAUAAAGUGGGGAUGUGACUUUAGUAAGUGGUUAAGUCUACUUGACUCCGCCUUCCCCACUAGAAUUCGACCACUAAGUCGCGUUACCCCGCGUAGUAGGAAUUAUUAGUAGGAAACUUUGUAGGAUUCUUUGCAUUUGCUUAUAUGAUCUUUUCUCUUAUGGUCAAAUUGUGGUUAUCCUCUAUAUAAUUUUGAACAUACUCAGCCUUUUCUGAUUUUCCAACGUACUCGGUUACUUGAUUCUUUGUUCAUCUCUUCAUACACUUACCCUCUACAAAAUACUGAUAAAGAACUCGCAUCUGCAGGCAAAGAUGGUUAUACAUCAGUAGUUUCGGAUCAAGUUGCUAGGCGGUGUAUCAAUAGGUCUGCAGAUUGAUCUUUUGUAGUCUUUUUAGCCUCCUUGCAUUGGCUGCAAAUGUGAACUGUAAGAAGAUGGUUCAUGUUUAAUUAAUUAAUUUCUUCAAUAUGAUUUUAUUCAUGUGGAGACAAUACAAUUCCUCAAACUGGGAACACAUGAUGAUAACAUGUGAAAUAGAAAACAUGUACAAAACUCUUUUGUUGCAAGAUCUAAACAUAACCAUUUUAAGACUAUCCCAAAAG